AUGACGUCCGAUAAACAAAACAAUGGCUAUCCCGCCAAACCGUUUACGCCCACCCUCUCCGCGGCGUUUCACCGCACUAACAAGAAGGCUCCCUUGACCCCGAAGCUGGCCAGUCCGAGUCCUGGCUUUUCUGUUGCUCGUCGUCUCGCACACUCCGAUAAUCCCUAUUCCACUCCCACCAAAGAUGAGAUCACCGCCGUCCCUCCCACCUUCCUCAGUACCAACGUCACCCCUCGAUCGGGCUCCCGCACGACUCGACGCGAUACUGCAUUCGCCUCACCCACGAAUACGCCUCCUGCUCCGUCACCCCAGACUCCAUACUCUCAACCCACAGUUGGCCUGGGACUCCAAGGAACACGUCGGACGGAACGGAGCCCGGCUCGCUUGGUGAAGGCGGAGCAGUCGAGGAGCUUGCGAGCAAAGACCCUGACUGCGGAGGGACAACAAGUUUCACGUCCCAACUCAUUCUCCGACAUGGCAGCUGCCUCUCCCAUGUUCUUCCAUGCCUCUGAGGCACGCUCCACCACUUCCUCCGAUUUGGAUACAAUCCGUCCUAGACAUGGGCAGGGCCAGGGACAGGGGCAGAGCCAGGGCAAGACGUCUCCGGUCUCGAGCUUCAUGUAUGCGAAUGGGAACCAAGAACGGCAGGCCGCAGAAGAUUCUUAUUUCUUAAGCUCUGCGAAGCGCCGUUCGGGGGGACUCCCUCGCCCUGUACCAACUAAACCGUCCGCCUCGCCCUCCCCACGUUUAAAAUCUCCUCGACCUUCAGAUGCUGCAUCACCACUCUCCGAUGACACAAAUUCACAGCCCAGUCCCAACCCGGACAUGGGAUUAGAGAACAUCCUGCAACGUUUCGGCUCGCCGCCGAGUAUCAUUCCUGAAAGAUCGGGCCCCCCGUCAAUUGGACGACAUGCGAAAUCAUCAAGUCUUGAUUCGACCAGCAAUAACAACGUUGUACAGGAUGGUCUUCGCGCCAGUCCAGUCAUCAUAUCCAACAACAUGAAUGAUGGCACGGCACCCGUGAUGUCUGAUCAAAUACCGACACUUCGCCCACGCAUUUUCAGUAACGGCUCGUCCGUUUCCACAAACCCGCCUAUGUCAAUCCCCAUGAGCCCUGGAAAGUCCGAAGUUGGCGAGGGGGCGUUGAAUGCUCGUACAGAACGCAAGAUUCUGGACCUGGAAAUUAGCAACUCGUCGCUGCUGGCUAUCAACCGAACUUUGGAGCGAGAAAUGCGCAACCAAAAAGCAGAGCUACGACGGUUCCGACGCCUCAGUCGGUCUGGACGUUUGUCUAUGGCACCUUCGGCCCGUUCAUUUUCUGGUACCGCGCUGUCAACAACCAGCGAACUGGAAGAGGGUGUCAGCGAACUUUCAUCUAUCCGAUCCCAAGAUGACAUGUCUGAUUUCAGCGACGAAGAUUCCAUAGCGGACGAAGGGAUUCUGAGUCCAGACUCACUUGCUGAGCACGACGCGAAACAUCGAGCACAUGACGAGAAACGAUUUAUGGUUGACCUUGCCCGGCACCAGGAGCUUUUGGUUGACAGCCAGAAAAUGAACCAGAGCCUGAAACGAUGCCUGGGAUGGACUGAAGAGCUGAUUAAGGAAGGCCGGAAGGCCCUUGAGUACAGUGUCCGUGUCCAGGAUAUCGAGUUGGGCGGACGGGUCUUAUCCCCUGAAGAGCUGGGCGAGGUCGGCGAGAGUGGACGCGCACUGCUCAGCCCGUCUACUGAAUACGCCGUUUCCUCUCCUCACGACACACCGUCCGAUUCUUUCUUUGACUUUGAUCCAGCAACACUCCCUCUACCUUCGUCUCCAGGUGGGACCGAUUUAAUCUUCUAA